AGUUGCAACAACUUAUUUAAAUAUAUAACAUAAAUAAAUUUAAAUUAUUUAAAAAUGAAAAGUAUAUUUAUAGUGGCAGCCAGUUUGGCAUUGGUUUCAGCUUUUCCCCAAAGAGCCUAUCCACAGCAUUUACUGUAUUAUCCAACGCCCACCCAGCGUCCAGCAGAAUCUAUACGUGUAAGAAGAGAAGUCAUUGCAGGACAUACAGUGGCCAAAAAUCCUAAUGGAGGUCAUGAUGUUUCAGUCUCAGCUACAAAAGUUAUAGGAAAUGAACAUGGUAUCGCUUAUGGAAAUGCAUUUGCUCAGGGAAAUACUAAAGGAGGUGAUACUUUAAGAGGGAUUUCCUUUGGAGCGGGAAGCAAUGGUGUUAGUGCCUCGGUUACCAAAGCCCAGACUGACCUUACCGAUUCAUUCAUCAAACAAGCACAAGCAAAUCUAAAUGUGGAUAAUUUAAAUGCUAUAUCGGCCCAUGUUGGACAAGUGAAUACCAAAAUAAAAGGAUUUAAUUUUAACUCAAAUCCCGAACGGAAAUUUAUUACUAUUAAAUGGAAAAAUGGUAACGGUUUUGGAGCAUCUUACAAUCGCGAAAAAAACAAAGGCAUCAGUGAAACUGAAAGAAAAGCAUUUAUAGCCAAUCUUUUAAAUAGCAGAAGACAUAAUUUGGAUGCCAGUUUCUAUGAUACGAACGUUGCUUAUAAUAAUGGUUAUAAUUUUGGUACAACUGGUGGUAUGUUGGACUAUACACAUGCUGAUGGUCACGGUUUAAAUGCUGCUCUAACACGCUACACUGGUAUAGGCAAGAAGGCUGAAGUGAAUGGUUAUGCAAAUCUAUUUACAUCUCAAGAUGGUCGUGCUACAUUAAAUGCAAAUGCGGGAGCCUCUAGAUGGCUUAAUGGUCCCUAUGGCGGACAAAAUGAUUAUGGUUUUGGGUUGGGUUUUAGAUAUAAUGACUGGUGAUAGGUGGGAUAUUAUUUUAGGAUUUUAUUAUUAAGUAUAUUUUGCAUACUAAUUAGGUAUAAGUAUUUAUAAAAAAAUCAUUAAUCAUUAACAAUUUUUUUUAUCUUUCUCUUGGCAAAAAAUUUUAAACAUCUUUUAAAAUUUAAAUGUGCUAAGAAGAAAUACAUACAAAGUGCCUAGGUCAGUUUUAAUUCGUUUAUAAAUAUUUCACUACUGGGGGAUUCCCUUGCCAUUAUCAUCUGUUUUGCUACAGCUGCUUCCAUAUGAAUCAUUUUAUCAAUGAGCUUUAAUAAACAGUUUGUUUUGUAUUAAAAAAAAACUUUUGAAGGUACAUCCCCAUUAGAGAGAUAACGAUGUUAAUAAUAUGUUUAAUAUAAAUUUGUAAUCUCAAUUAUAAAAUAAUGCGUAGUGACCUUGACAUUAGCUCAGUUCACAACUAAAUAAAAUAAAUAUUCACGAAAAAUUAAAAAAAAAAA